ACAUCCGGGUUGGGACUUCCGGUAAAACAUGGUGGCCGCCUGUGUCACAACAAGCUCGAUGCUAAGCGUCUCUGCGAGCUUCUGCACUGUCAAAUAAGCAGCGAGAGCAGAAUGCCGAAGUACUACGAGGAUAAAGAAGAGGACCACAGAGCUUGUGCUGGAAUCAGAGAAGACUUUAAAGCGUGUCUCCUCCAACAUGACUGCGUUGUUAAGGAGGGGAAACUGCCCAGUGAGUGUUUGAAGGAAGGUCACUGCAAAGCUCUGCAGACGUCAUUCUUCGAGUGCAAGAGGUCGAUGCUGGACACAAGGUCACGAUUCAGAGGGAGGAAAGGAUAUUGAGGGGGGGUCAUGUGACUGCAGCGUCGGACUUGUCAAGGACUGUCGACACUCGUGACAGCAACAAGGACGAGAUCGGAGCUGGAGCCAGUCCCAAGUUGUUCAUAUUCUGUUUGUGUUGUGAAGGUUUUAAUGCAAUAAACACAUGGAACUGCACAGGUUGCUCUAUUCUG